AGAGAAUGAGCAUGGAGGACAACAAGAGGAAGAAGAAGGUGGCUCUGGUGACCGGCGCUUCCGGUUUCCUGGGCUCGAGAAUUUGCGGCGAGCUUCUCCGUCAAGGCUACUCAGUGAAGGGUUUCGACAUCACAGUACUACCCCGCAGCCGCGGCCACGACGACGUCGUUUCGCCUGCUUAUAGUAAUUUCGAGCUUGUGGUCGGCGACGUCACCGACUAUGCGUCGCUCAAAAAGGCCUGUUCCGGCUGCCACGUCAUCUUCCACGUGGCUGCCAUUGUAGAGUCCUGGAUUCCUCGUCCCUCCGGAUUCAUGGCUGUGAACGUUGGAGGGUUGAGGAAUGUUGUGAGGGCGUACAAGGAGACAAAGACAGUGGAGAAGAUCAUCUAUACGUCGUCGUUUUUCGCGCUCGGCUUCACCGACGGCCACGUCGCCGACGAGACUCAGAUGCACUCUGGGAAGUACUUUUGUAGUGAAUACGAGAGAUCGAAAGCUAUGGCAGAUGAGAUAGCAUUGGAGGCUGCAAGAGAGGAAGGAGUGGCCAUGGUGCUGCUUUAUCCAGGACUCAUCUAUGGCGUCGGCAACCUCACCAGUGGAAAUACAGUAGCCAAUUGGCUGGUCGAGCGAUUUAAUGGGCGAUUGCCGGGUUAUGUUGGUCAAGAGAAGGCAUUUUCGUUCUCCCAUGUAGACGAUGUUGCGCGAGGGCACGUUGCAGCAAUGACCAAGGGUCGAUUAGGCGAACGGUAUCUUCUCUCGGGGGAGAAUGCAUCCAUCAAAGAUGUUUUCGACAUAGCUGCAGAGAUCACUCAUACACAAAAACCUCAGUUCAGAAUCCCAAUCUUUGUGCUUGCAGUUUAUGGAUGGAUUUGCAUUUUCUUUUGCAAGUUCAUAAGCCAAAAGCAUCCACUGGUCACUCCCCAGGCAGUCGACAUCUCCCGGCAUCAAUGGGCAUAUAGUUGUGAGAAGGCUAAGGCUGAGUUGGAUUAUAACCCUAGAAGUUUGAAAGAAGGCUUGACAGAGAUGGUGCCAUGGUUGAAGGACAUAGGUUUGAUAAAAUACUAGGCCAUUCUAAAACAAAAUAUGCAUUAAUAAUGCACACACAAGGAAGACGAUGAUCUUCAGACCUUAUCCACGUAGUGUGGUGCACUUUCGAUGUUUUUGGUGUAUUUUAAAAGCACAAUCGUCUCAUUUUAAGGGUUUGUUUGUGGAAAGUUUUAGGUUCUGCGUGUUAAAUGAAAAAUUAAUAUUU